CCAGAUUUAUCUCUCAGUUGCAGCAUAGUAGACCAAAGAUAAAAAGUGUGUCAAGUCGAGAAGAUACCGGGAUAACUCCCCAGUACUGUACUCCCUGCUCUAAGGUGGAUUUGGAUUUUAUGUACAACAUGACAUUUGAAGAACUAAGUGGAGAUUAUUCUCAAGAAAGAAUGGAUUCAGUGGCGAAAGCUUUGGAAGAAGUCCUCACCUCUGCGUUACCACAGGGCUGCAUUACAGUCGGUGUGUACGAGGCUGCCAAAUCACUCAAUGUUGACCCUGAUAAUGUGGUUUUGUGCAUCCUGGCUACCGAUGAUGAAGAUGUGAAAGAUGUGGCCCUGCAGAUCCACUUUACCCUCAUUCAGGCUUUCUGCUGUGAAAAUGACAUCAACAUCCUCAGAGUCAACAACACCAGGCGCCUGGCAGAAAUACUGGGUGGAGGAGGAGGUGGGAAACAGAGUGGGGGUGAACCUAUGGACCUUCACUGUGUCCUGGUCACAAGCCCACAUUCUACAUCGUGGAAGGACCCUGCUUUGAGCAAAGUGAACCGAUUCUGCAGAGAGAGCCGCUGUAUGGACCAGUGGGUACCUAUCAUCAACCUGCCGGAACGAUGAACUUUCAGCUGCAAAAACCUGUGAAAGGACUUUUAUCAGCACAGGAAGAGUGGUGUGAACCCUGAUGGACAUAUUACCACCCAGAGAUCAAAUUCCAAAGCACUGCUGAUGGGGAAAGAAAAUUUUGGAGGAAAAAAAAGACCCUGAUGUCUACAUGGGAUGUAUUUAAAAGAAACAAAGGCAGGAGGAUGAAUUUCCACUUUGGACAGGACUGUUUGGAGUUGCGUCUGUCAGCAUUUGCAACUGAGAUGAGAUGGCGAGGCACUUGUAUCGUCAUGAGGUGGAAAUUAAAAAAAAGCAUGUGUGCUUUUUAAUGUGAAGCUGGACACUGUACAGAAGGAUUAUAUCAUGUAUUUGUUUGGUAAAGCCUCUGUGACGAGUCAGAAAAGUGGGGAGAAACCAGAACAUGGAGCUGUUGAGUGGACCAAGGCCUCGGCCUCUCUCUGCAGAAACAAAGCACUUGUUGAAACACUGGACCUUUUGCAAUUUCACUUAUUUGAUUUAAAUUGUUAAUGUUGGUGUUGCUAUUGUCAUAAUUUAAAAAGGGAAGGGCUACACAUCCAGUGAAGACAUUCUGUGUAUUAAGUGUUUCCUAUGCCAGCUGGUUUUUUGCCACAAGUAAAAUAGUUCUUUUGUUACAAUUUUAAGUUAUUUCUAAUGAUAUUUAAGUGUAUUUAUGUUUCAUUUUUUACCUUAACUAUUUGCAAAAUCUGAAUACAACAUACACAUAUGUAUUGCUGUCAAUAAAAAGUAUUUUUGGAGCCAGAACUACAUGUGUUUUCUU